AUUGGGGAAAAGAGCAACCCAGAGGAAGAGGUUGAGCUAAAGAAGUUGAAAAAUUUGGAAAAGUCUGUGGAAAAGAUAGCUGACCACCUGAAAGAGUUGAAAAAAGAACUUACUGGAAUCCAGCAGGGUUUUCUGUACAAGGAGUUGCAAGCUGAAGCUCUCUGCAAACUUGAUAGGAAAGUAAAAGCCACAAUUGAGCAGUGUAUGAAGAUUUUGGAGGAAAUUGACACAAUGAUCCUACCAGAAAAUUUCAAAGACAACAGGCUAAAAAGGAAGGGCUUGGUGAAAAAGGUGCAGGCAUUCUCAGCUGAGUGUGAUACAGUGGAGGAGAACAUCUGCCAAGAGACUGAGUGGCUACAGUCUACAAAGUUGGCCCUUGCUGAAUGAGGUGCUGUGGAGAGGCUCUGAUGCCCUGAGGAGC